AUGGAUCAACAAGCUGAUGAUGCUCAAAAAAACAUUGAAAUAUGGAAAGUCAAGAAAUUGAUUAAAUCCUUGGAAUUAGCAAGAGGUAAUGGUACUUCAAUGAUUUCUUUAAUUAUACCACCAAAAUCUCAAAUUUCAUUUUAUCAAAAAUUAUUAACUGAUGAAUAUGGUACUGCUUCAAAUAUUAAAUCAAGAGUUAAUAGAUUAUCUGUCUUGUCUGCAAUCACUUCUACUCAACAAAAAUUAAAAUUAUAUACAAAGGUUCCACCAAAUGGGUUAGUUCUUUAUUGUGGUGAUGUUAUAACUGAAGAAGGUAAAGAAAAAAAAUUAAAUAUUGAUUUUGAACCUUUUAAACCAAUUAAUACUAAAUUAUAUCUUUGUGAUAAUAAAUUCCAUACUGAAGCUUUAUCUGAAUUAUUAGAAAGUGAUGAUAACUAUGGAUUUAUCGUUAUGGAUGGUAAUGGGUCUCUUUUCGGGUUAUUAUCUGGUAAUACAAGAACUAUUAUAACAAAAUUUACUGUUGAUUUACCAAAAAAACAUGGUAGAGGUGGUCAAUCUGCUUUACGUUUCUCAAGAUUGAGAGAAGAAAAAAGACAUAAUUAUGUUCGUAAAGUUGCUGAAGUUGCUGUACAAUGUUUUAUUACAAAUGAUAAAGUUAAUGUUAAUGGUUUAGUUUUAGCUGGUUCUGCUGAUUUUAAAACUGAAUUAUCAAAGUCUGAUUUAUUUGAUAAUAGAUUACAAUCUAAAAUUGUUAAAAUUGUUGAUAUUUCUUAUGGUGGUGAAAAUGGUUUUAAUCAAGCUAUUGAAUUAUCUGCAGAAUCUUUAGCAAAUGUUAAAUUUAUCCAAGAAAAGAAAUUAAUUACACAUUAUUUCGAUGAAAUUUCUCAAGAUACUGGUAAAUUUUGUUAUGGUGUUGAAGAUACAUUAAAAGCUUUGGAAGCUGGUUCAUGUGAAACUGUUAUUGUCUAUGAAAAUUUAGAUGUUGUACGUUAUACUUAUAAAGAUUCUGAAGGUAAUGAAGUUAUUGUUCAUGCUUCACCAGAACAAGAAGAUCAAACUUUUAACAUUGAUAAGAACACCGGUACAGAAAUGGAAUUAGUUUCUGAACAAGUUUUAUUAGAAUGGUUAGCUGAAUCUUAUAAAAAUUUUGGUGCAACUUUAGAAUUCAUUACUGAUAGAUCAAGUGAAGGUGCUCAAUUCGUUAGAGGUUUUGGUGGUAUUGGUGCACUUUUACGUUAUGCUUUGAAUUUCGAACAAUUGGUUGAUGAAUCUUCUGAUGAUGAAUAUUUUGAUGAUGAUGAAGAUUUCAUUUAA